AAUUAUCUACGGAACAUGUGUUUUAUUUUUUUAUUUAGAUAAUCAUGGUUCAUAAGCCACACCAGUGUCGGAUAUACUUGUGCAUAAAAGGCCACGUGGAAAAGAAACGUUCGGUAAAAUAAGAAGAAUUAACGUCAAAGUCAUUUACUUGUCAUUAACUUUUGUAAAUAAAUAGGUUAAGUGAUUGUUUCAACAGUACUAAUGUUGCCCACUAAAGGGUAUUUUCAGGAUAUUGAAUGUCCUUAUUAUAAUAGUUCGUGCGGUAGACCAUACUGUCACUUUAGACAUCGAAAAAAACAAUCCGAACAUGUCGAAGAAGUUGUUGCCGCAUCGGAAAAUGAAACAAUUCCUGUGGUACCUACAUAUAAACCAACUCCAAAAAGUCAACUGGCAAACAUUCAGAAUAUUAGAAGUCACAUACCGAUUAGUUACGUACCGGAUCUAGCAUUUAGAUCAGACAAAAAAUAUAGGCCUACAACUAAAACAGAAAAUCCAACUUAUAAACCUACACCUUUGAGUAUUCUUUCUAGUGUUAAUAGGAAUCAGUCCCUGCAAGAUGGUAACAAGGAACAUAUAGAAGUUAUAAACGAGAUUAAACAAAAUAUAGCUAAUGUCGAAUAUGACCCUACAGUAUCAUUUCAACCUGCUCAAGAUAUAAACUUUGAAGAUUUAUCUAGUGAAUUUGAUUUAAUAGAUGAGAUAAUUAAUUGUACUGGCAAAACUUCCAAUGUAAAUAAUACUAACAAACAAAAAGGAUCAGUUAGUCAAAAGUCCACUAAUGACUACAGAAAAGAUGAUUCUGAAAAAACUAAGACUGAUAAAAGCAGUAAUUCCACAACAGAUGUUUCAAAGAAGAAAGUAGAUGAUUCAUUCACAAUUGAACAUAAUGAAAAUGAUAGAAAAAGUACAUUCAAGGAAAAUGUGAUUAAUAAAGAAUCUAGUCAUCAUCAAAAAAAUAAAGAAGGUAAAAGUCCGAGUCACGAAACAAAUCAAAAAGAUAAACAUAAAUUGAAAAACAAAGAGAAAGACUCUGGAAAAACAAAUAAGGACACAAAAGAACAUAAGGAUAAAGAUGCUUUAGAAACAUCAAAGAAAUCUAAAACAGAAUCAACAGAUGUGAAACAUAAAAGCAAGGAAAAGGAAAAAAGUAGAUCAGAAAGUAAAUCGAAAGAAGAAAAAUCACAUUCUAGCAAUAAGCAAGAUGAAAAAGAUCACCAUAAGGCUAAGACAAAAGGGAGUAGUGAAAAAAACAGUCGAAAUAAAAGUAAAGAUAGCAGCAAAAAAGGAAAAACUGCUCCUAAAGAAAGAAGCAGGAGUAGAAGUGCAGAACACAAAAAGAAUAAAGCAACAAAUGAUGACUCGAGGAGUAGUAGUAAAGAGCACAAAAAGAAUAAAUCUGCAAGUAAAGAAAGAAGUAGAAGCAGAAGUAAAGAACGCAAAAAGAAUAAAUCUGCAAGUAAAGAAAGAAGUAGAAGCAGAAGUAAAGAACCCAAAAAGAAAAAAGAAAAGGCGGCUAGCAAAGAAAGAAGUCGUAGUAGAAGUAAGGAGGGGAAACAUAAGAAAGAUAAGAAGAGAAGUAAAGAUAAAAGUCCUAGUGUAAGCAAGGAACAAAAAAAUAAGAGGGAAAGUGAUAAGAAGUUAAAAAAUAGUGGUAAAGGUGAAAAAGAAAAAUCCAAGCAUAGUAAGUCUGGUGAAAAUAGUAAAUCUAGCAAUAACACAAAGUUAGAUGAUUUUAAUUUGUUUGAAAAUAAUACUCUUGACUUUGACUCAGAUAUUGAACUCAAUGAGGAUGAAACAAUGCUAGAAUGUUACAGGAUAUUCAAUGAAUAUAAACCUGAAGAAGUGAAACCACAUCCUCAAGUUUCCCAAGAAGCAACACCUGCAAUAAAUGUGGAGAACGAAUAUCAUGGCAAAAAACGAAUAGCACAUUCAAAUGUUGAUAUUUUAUUCAAUGUACCAAAACAUACACCAGUCAAACCAAAUAUUGUACAAACACCUGGUCAGAUAUUAGCCAAUAGAUACAAAUUGGCUAAACAAAUGCAAGCAAAUAGAGAGCAAGAGUUGCUCAUAAAUGAAGUUCAACAAACAACAGUGGUGAAGAGACCUGCACCUUCCCUUCUAGAAGCAGCUAGGGAGAGGAAGAGAAUGAGGGAAAUGGAAAAGCCAAAAAGUACAAACUUAGUAGAUGAUAUACUAAAAGGUACAAAAACAAUUACCUACACACCAACACAAAAGUUGAUGUCUAAAAAAAUUACUCCUGUCCACAAUGUUCUGGCAAUAACUAAAGCAAAAGCAAUGAUACCGAAAAUAAAUCCAACAAAAUCUAUUAAAACGAUUGCACAGACUCAAAAAAGUGGCAGAGUAGCUCAUGUACCUGAUGUGUCAUUGAGUGAUAUUCCUGAUGUUUUCAAUGCAGAUAAAUCAAAACUUCCCAUCAAUGUUAGAACUCGAUUUUUAACAAUGAUUGCAGACGAAUGUGUUAAAAUGUAUAUAUCAAAAGAAGAAGCUUAUUCGCGAGCACUAAAAGAAGAAUUUAGUUGUUACGAAAAGUGUAAAGUAUUAACAUCAUAUAGAAACUCUGCAAUGUUAGCAGUUAAUAGGUUAAGGAAAGAAAUUCAAGAAAGAAAUAAAAACGGAUUAGGUCUUAUCGGUAUCGGUGAGGAUGAAGAAGGAAACACAGAAGAAAGUAAAGUGAAACAGUUUUAUAACCAAAUUAAAAAGUGGGUUUUAACUGAAGAAGAAUUGGAUAUACAUGGAUAUCCGAGGCAGACCAAUGAAUUUGGUGUUGCUAUUAUUAAAAAUUUCAAGAGUACAUUUCCAUCUAACCUAGAUGAAAAUCAAAGGAUAUGUUCAAGAUGUAACAAGAUAUAUCAGGUUGAUGAUGAUGGUUGGCCACUUUUUGAUGAAGAAUGCUGUUAUCAUCCUUUAAAAAAACGUACAAUACGGGGUGAACAAACUUACCUUUGCUGUAGAACAAGUGACGAAAUGGGUUGUGCCACAUCAGAUACCCACGUCUUCGAUGGCUACACUUCAGCUAAAUUAGAAGGAUUUCAAACAACCAUGGAUUCUGACAUUGAAGGAGAUCCAAGAAGUCACAGUGUUUAUGCGUUAGAUUGCGAAAUGUGCUAUACCACAAAAGGUUUAGAAUUGACUAGAGUGACAAUAGUGGACAUUGAAUGUAAAACUGUUUAUGAAUCUCUAGUGAAACCCCUCAAUCCAAUCAUAGAUUAUAAUACCAGAUUUUCCGGUAUAACCAAAGAACAAAUGGACAAAACUAGUACCAGUAUUCUUCAAGUUCAAGCCAAUAUAUUGCACUUGUGUAACUCUAUGACUAUUUUAGUAGGACACAGUUUGGAAUCUGAUAUGAAAGCUUUGAAAAUUGUACACGGCAUGAUCGUCGAUACUUCGGUGUUGUUUCCACAUAAAAUGGGACUGCCUCAUAAGAGAGCUUUAAGAGUUCUAGCUAGUGAGUAUCUUCGCAAGAUUAUACAGAAUGAUAUAAGUGGCCAUGACAGUGCCGAGGAUGCUGUGACUUGUAUGGAACUAUUGAAGUGGAAAUUAAAAUCAGACGCGAAAAUUAAACAUUCUUAGUUGUAUUGCGAGUGUUUGUUAAAAUUGAUUUCGGCAAAACUUCUUUUCUCAUUUAAAAGGUCUAAUAUAUAAAUUGAAAUUAAAGGAACCUGAAUGUUAUUUCGAUUGUGUUUCCUUCAAUUAAUGGAUCAAAUCUAGUAGUUGAAUAACUAUCGUUAAUAAAAUAAUUUUAUUUUCUGAAUUUUGAUUUCAUUUUUCCAAUUUAUGUGUACGAGGGUAUCGUUUUAAUUUUCAUAAUGUGUUAAAUGGUUUUAACUAUUAGAUUUGUGCAAUUUUCAAUCAUUUUGAGAAUUUUAUAGUGUUUCUUUUUCAUUCGGUUCUUUAUUCGAUUAUUGUCUUCUUAGUCCUUUCUAUUUCGAUUGCUCUAAAUGUUAAAAAUGGUCUGUACAUCAAUUGAAAUUUUUUUCAAUUUAUCUAAAUCAUUAUAACUCUAAUUAUUUCAUGUUUCGCUGUCUCUCUGCUUGAAAUAUUCUUUUAAUUUUUCUAUUCAUCUGUAUAUUUGAAUAAAAAAGGAGUGAAAAACAGAUUUUUAUCUAGAAAACAAUUAGAAGAUCUGUUUUAAUACCAGUAUUUCCUUUUCUAGGCAUGUUUCGAAUCUCAUAGCUGUUUCCUAUUUUUUGGUUUUGUUUUCCAGUCUUGAAUUCCUCUCUCUGCGUACCAUAUUUCUCUUGGACCAUUAUUUGUUCUUUCUCAGCCAUAAUUUUCCUUUCUUUUUACCCCCUGAGUAAUUUCCUUUCUCAUAUAUAUCUAAUUUCUCUUCCUCUGUUUUGUUAAGAUCCCACAUAACUCACUAUUGGUCUUAUUAUUGUUUUAUAGAGAUGUUUUUCUGGAGAUUUUUUAGAACUUAUUUAAUUUAGUGUUAUCCUUGCUUCUAUGUUUCCUCAAUCGUUACCGUAGUCCUUGAUGUUUCUAUGAAGACCUGGCAAAAUUCCUUCAGCUCAUUCUGUGGUUUCGAAAGGAUUUCUACUAUGCCAGUAGUUAUGAUGUUCUGCUUAAACCGAUAAACUGUGUUAAAUCAGUGGUGGCUUGAGUUGUGCUACAAUAUGUGUACAUAGGUUGUGUGCAGUAUUGCGGAAAGUUUUAUUUCGAUUUUCUAUAUAUUGAGACACAUGGAUCAUUGCCAAAUAGACAUACCUUCCACUGGUGAUCUUAUCAACCUAUACUUUUGCUCUUCGAUGUAUUAGGUCCUGUUGCAGGCAUUCUAAAAACCCUCUGUUACCAUCACAAUAAUUGUGCACAACCUUUAGGGGGUAAUAUUAUGGUUUUGGUUAACUUCGGGGGGAGUUUUGAAGUUUUAAUUUUAAAAUAAACAGUUUGAUGUGUUUUAGUACAUUCUAAUAUUAACACAGAAGGUGGAAAUAUCACGUGAAAAUAAAAUUAAAAUAAAAAAACCAGUACUUAGUUCUUUUAUUAAAAGUUUUAAGACGAUUUUUUGUUGGGGAGUGUAUGUGUUGUAUUAUUCUGUCAUCUAUCAUUUUUUUUGCUAUCUACAUCUUAUUUUGUAUUUAUAAAUGUUUUUACAAACAAAAUCGAAUUCCAAGGUUAUUGAAUAAAAUUACUAUCAACCUAAUAUACUGGAUGUCCCAUUAGACAAAACGCAGAAAGACCUUUUAAUAGAAAACGAUACUUUUGUCGAAGAUCCUUCUCUUCUUAUUGUAAAUAUAAGAUUUAAUUUAUUUUUUUUUAUUAAUAUUCUUUUUUUCAGUGAUAAAUAUUAAUUUUAUAAAUUUUUAUUCAUUUAUAAUUAGUACAUUGAAAAUUUUUUCAUGUUCAAUUUUGAGUUUAAUUUGUUAAUUAAGAUAAUAAAUACAUUGACUAGCAAAUAUUGUAAAAUGCCUCAAUGUAUAGUGAUGUUUAUGAAGAGUUACUAUGUUUUUAAUAAAAAUGUGUAAAACUUGUGUAUUUUCCAAAA